AUGCAGGCGGGAAGGGGGGAGACGCGGUCGGCGUUGUCGGGGCGGCUGAGCGUCCUCCUGAUAGCCAUUGUCGCCGUCCAGGUCCUCGGCAACCUGGGCGUGCUGGUCCUGGAGCACCACGCGCUGCCGUCCUCGAAGCGGGGGGCCUUCACAGACCAUGUCAAGGAUGUGAUGUCCACGCUCCUUCCGGGGAGCGCACCGGUCCGGCCGCUGCCCGCCACCCCCCGCGGCACACACAGCGCGCCCGACGUGUACUCCGUCGUGGUCCCGACGUACAACGAGCGCGAGAACAUCCCGCUCAUCGUGUGGAUGCUCGUCGACGUCUUCCGGGACCGCCCCGAGCGGCUGGAGGUGGUCGUCGUGGACGACAACAGUCCUGACGGUACGAGGGACGUAGUGCGCAAGCUGCAGCGGGAGUACGGCAGCGACGUGGUCAAGCUCCGGGAGCGGCCCGGGAAGCUUGGGCUCGGGACGGCGUACAAGGACGGCCUCACUGUCGUCACGGGGAGCUGGGUGGUGCUGAUGGACGCGGACCUGUCGCACGACCCGCGGGACAUCGUGCGUUUCGUGGAGCGGCAGCGAGAGACGGGGAGCGACAUCGUGGUGGGGACGCGGUACGCCGCGGGGGUGUACGGGUGGGACGUGGUGCGGAAGAUCACAUCGCUCGGGGCCAACAUCCUGGCGUCCACGCUGCUCUGGCCCGGCGUGACCGACCUGACAGGGGCCUUCCGGUUGUACCGCGCGGACGUCCUGCGGCUGCUGAUGGAGGAGACGAAGAGCGAGGGAUACGCCUUCCAGAUGGAGACGAUCGUGCGGGCGAAGGCGUACGGGUUCAAGGUCGUGGAGGUGCCGAUCGUGUUCGUCGACCGGCUGUACGGCGAGUCCAAGUUGGGCGGCGCCGAGGUGGUUGCAUACUUGAAAGGCCUCGUGCGCCUCGUGUUCACAUUGUGA